CCUUAAUCUACAUACAACUACAGAGUAGUUACACACCAACCGAUUGCAAUUCAUGAGCACGGUGAAUGGAUGCCGUGCGAGAAAAAUAUAAUGAGUACCGCUGGCUCGCUAAUUGCGAGAGCAUUGCCACAUUUUCCCAAUUUGAACCUGUCAGCUGCUAUCCUAAUGUCUGCGACACGCCUGAAACGUCAAGAAUCUCAAAUCAAGCCCGAUAACAUCCAAAACGGCAAACACCAGUGCUAACCUCAGACAAUUGAUGAAGUGAUGCUCUAUAUACCCACUCCGCUACCGUCUCAAUGAAGCAUAGCCCUCAUGCCUUGAUUGUGUCAAGGAUGCAUUAGAGCUUGCCGCCCAUUUCAAAAUUCCCCGUUUCGGGAUUCCAUCUUGAUAUGGAAAAUGCUAUAUAUAAGGUCUAAAGGCAAUUUAUAGAUCCUUUGGAUCGGAUCGAACUUUUUGGGUAUUUUUAUUUUUAUUUUGGUCUAUUCUACUAUUUUCUGUCUGUUCGGCACAAAUAUCUUUCGUUGAUAUACCUCUCUAUUGCUUUGAUAGUACCAUACCAUACAAGCAGAGUAAUUACGUUCUUGCAAGUCCAACUACCUUUAUCAGCCUUUAAUAUACGUAUACGAUAAAUGUACCAGCACAAAUUCUGGUAUCAUGAAAUCCCACUUGUUCUUCGUGACAGCGCUCUUUGCACUCGCUGCUUCCCAGAAAGUUGCCGUCCCAGCAGACCUAGCCCAAUCAUUCUCGGCCUCUGCCACAGAGGGUCUCCAAGUCAGUUUUAGUGGCGAUGCAUCUGAGGGUAUUACAAAUGGCCAAACGGUCAGCAUAGGUGAUAUCCGCAGUCCACCCACUUUCGCUCUUGGCGACAGCUCUGGCGUCAAUCGUGCCAUCUCGUACACAAUCGUAAUGCUCGACACGACCGAUGAUAUCGCGCGGAAAGUACAAUAUCUUCAGACUGGCUUCAAAGCGACUGGUGACAAGACCAGGCUUGAAGCGACAGGGGAGCCGGCUGUCCCAUAUGAACCACCAUCUGUAGCUAGUGGAGCACACCAGUUUUCGUUCCUUCUAUACCAACAACGGGGCCAAGAACUGGUACAACUAAGUGCCGUACCCAGUAACGGCGCUGGCUCCACGGAGCCGUUCGAUCUAAAGGCAUUCGAAGCUGCGAAUAACCUCCAGCCGCCGCGGGUCGGGAUGGCGAUUAGAGUUGAUGGGAAUGCUGGUGAGCUUGGGCAGAGUCCUUCAUCUUCAACGUCUGCACGAGUAUUCAUACCAAUUGGCACACAAGCGACUUCUUCUUCUAUCUCCACUCCUGUAUCUAUUACCACUUCUCCGCCGAGCACUUCGCCCUCCAGCACAGCGUCAAUGACAGAUGACACAGCACCAGGUUCUUUUCCGUUCACAUUUACUUUCAACUCUGUCACUUUACCUUCGCUUUCACUUUCACUGGCAAGCCUAGAUUCCCAAUCAUCAUCAGACCAAUCACUCACCAGACCAGCCCCUACAACCCCAUCUUCUUCCCCAUCCGAUUCCCCGUCUACUUCUCUGUUCGCCUCCGACGCCCCGUUGGCAUCUGCAGGAAAACCGCGAACAAGUACUGUGGUCGUUACGGAAAGCCCCACUAGCACACCCUUUGACAGCUCCGGUGUACUUCUAGGAGCUGAUGCGGAAGGGGAUAGUGGGAAUUCAGCUGCAGGAGGCUUGCAUGAAUCGUCGUAUGCAGCCAUCUUUGUAGCGGCAGUCAUGCUACUUGCACAAAUUAGUUGGCACACGGUAAUGCUCUAAGUGUAUCUGGGUAGUGUUUCAGAAAGGACUUUCGGUAUAGUUUCCAAGGAAAAGAAACGUCGGUUCGCGGGUGAAAUCUUCCGAAUGUGGCGUUCCUUUUUUUUAGGAUUUGAGAGUUGCUUCCGUUUUGGUAUAUGUUUCUCAGUUAUGCAGGCUCAUGGCUUUAAUAGUUCUAUUCUCAGCUGGAUUUCUGAAAGUCAUUUUUCGCGGGAUAUGGGAGUUUUUUCAGCUUGUUUAGCACCCCUUUGUUACUCCAUUUGAUGCUGGACAUGGACAUUGAUGAAGGGGCUAUGUGAUUUUUCUUCUUUUUGGAAUGGGCAUGCAAAUAUCGAAUGAGAACAAUGAAGAUGCAGGGCAUUUGAAUAUACCACAUGCAUCUGUUAAACAAAUAAAUAUAGUAUAUAAUCAAUUAUUUACCUUUGGCCGCUAGGAACACGAAAAAUUAGAAGGAUAAUUUAGCUGCUGACUGACUAUGGCGAUUCAAACUCCAUAAGCACUAAACAAUUAUAUAGUUUCUUAGACUGG